AGAGACUUGAUGAGAGGGGUAUUAGGAGGGCUAUGAGGGGGUUGGGAAGGGAGGGACGGGGGAGGCUUAUCCAGAUUAUCCUUGAAUCAACCCUCCCGGGUGACAUUCCCCUCCAAAUCCUUCUCCUCCAAAAAUACCUCAAAAGCUCAUUCGAUAUCAUCGGUUCCCUCGCGCCUGAGAUUGCACUCCAGAUUUUGAGCAAGUUGAGCGUGAGAGAGGUUGUUAGGGCUGCGUUGGUCUCGAAAAAAUGGUACGCGGCAACUCGUCAUCCUGCGUUGUGGAGGUGGCAUUGUUUGCGCUUGACCGCCAAUGAUCCGGUUCGUGUAAGAGCACCGGCGAAGCCAGACGGAUGGUACCCCCUCUAUCGCUCCCUCCACCACCGCGAGUCCAAUUUUGCGCGUGCGCUUCCGCAGAGCAUACGCUUCUUGAAUGGGCAUACGAACUUCUGUACAACGUUGUUGUUGAGAGGCAAACGACUCAUCUCAGGCUCCUACGACGAAACAAUCCGCUUCUGGGACAUCGAAACGGGUGAGAUGAAAAAGUGUUUACAGGUGAAAAAACCUGUGAGCUGUGUGGAUUUCUUGGCAGAGGAAGAGGUUUUCGUGGUUGGGUUCCACGAUGUUGGCCGCGUUCAUCUUUUCUCCUCCGUCACAUUCACGCCUCUCCAACAACUUGCCGGACACCUCAACGGUAUCCGGGCCGUCGCGCUUUCCUCCAAGAACCUCGUCAGCGCAGGCGCUGAUAAGGCCCUCGUGUGCUGGGAUUGGCGCGCGGGGACGAAAAUCGUGAGGUUCGGACAGCAAACGACGAUUAAUAUUGGUGUGCAGAUCGUCCAGGGAGGCACUGAGGCGGAGGGUGAGCGGGUGGUGAGCGUGACUAUUGAUGGGAUCGUUCGGGUUUUCUCGAUUAAAAGGAGAGAAAUGAUCUCGCAGUUCAAACUCAGUGAUCUCGGUGGUAGUGACCCUGUGCUGAAUGCGAAGUUGUUUAAUGUGGGGUCUGCGCCUAAUAAUAUGUUGCAGUGGUUCGCGGCCAAAGGCAUGCAAAUGACUUGCGCGACCAAAUCUGUUAUUCUGCACUUGCAAUGGAAUGAAGGUGAAGACGAGAAAACUCCGGCCGAGACGACUACGAUGAGUCCUACAUUCACUGGAAGGACCCUUACCUCUCCUACCCCCUCUUCCCUUAACCCACGAUCACGCGCCGUCUCGGCUCUUAUACGGCCUACGCAGAUGGCUACUCCCCAGCGCAGACAGUCUGCACUCGGUGUGAGUACAUCGGGCUUACCCAAAUCGCGACUUUCCCUUGGAACACCUUCCACACCGCUCUCGGCCAAUCUCAGUGCAUCUCAGCUCUCAGGUAUAUCGCCGUCUCCACUCUCCCUACUACCUCGAUCUAGCACCCCGUUGUCCCCGAUGGGUACGCCGCUCUCCCCUAUGGGUGCGGUAGGUACAGAUGGGUUUGCGAUUAGGUUCGGCCGGGCAGCCAUCCUGACUGCACCCCCGAAGCUCGUUGCGCUCGUGGAGACGCCUGAUGUUGCUGUUGGGGCUGUGGAUCCUAGGAAGAGGAGGGUAGUUACUGCUACGAGAUUUAGCUCGCGUGCCGGGGCUGAUCGGAGGGUUCUGAUGUCGACGCAUCAAGACAAGGAAAAGGUUGAUGUCCUUGAUGAUGCAGUGAAUGAAGACACUGGACCAACGGCGGACCACGCAAACCCGAUGUUCACGUCCACGACGCCGAGCGUCGAUAUCGACGCAAAUAUCAUUUCUUUGUCGGGUGCAUGGGAGGCGCUUGCACAUGCUACGACUGUGGGUGUGAAAGGUCUCCUAGGUCCGUUGCCGCCCAAAUUCAACGGCUUGGCGGUGCCAGAGAAGAACCCGAUGUCGAUGCAGCUUACACACGAGGAAGUAGUGGUUGGGUGCGCGGAUGGGACGAUUUACGUGAUGAAUUUCUUGGGGCAUGAGUACGUGAAGGAGAGGUCUAGGACGGAGGAUGGGAUUGAGGAGGAGAGUAGUGAGGAAGAAGAUGCGUCUGUGGAUAGGAGUUUGAUUUUUGGGGCUUGAAAGGCGCCGGGCAUUUCACGCAGCCGCACCAAAAGGACGCACACCAAUACCACACCGAACAACUACUAGGAAAGGAAUACCCACUCGACUGGAUGGAACGCAUGGACUAGAACAUUCAACACUUUCGAUCGCAACUACAAGUACUACCUAUGCAGCACGCUCGUUUCGUAUACUUAAUUAUAGCUAGACUCUCGUUUAUUUGGAUUUGGAUUAUCGACGAAAGGUUCUUGAUGAUAUUCAUGACC